GUUGCAGCAGCCUGGGGGAACCGUUAACCGCUGUGGGCGGGGCGCGUGCGGCGGGCGUUGGGCGCCUGGCGCGCGCCGCUCCCCUGCACUCCUGCCUGCCCUCCGCCCCGCCCCCCCGCUCAGGCGGCCGUGGUCCUCUGCGGUGUCUUCACCGCGGACAGACGCCGCUGCCCUCAGAGAGAAAUGAGCGGGCACGCAGAGGUUAAAGUGAAAAUACCUUUUGGAAACAAAUAUCUGGAUGCUAUUUUUUCUGUCCCAAAGAAGAAAUUAACAUGUGGAGUGAUUCUUACCCAUGGAGCUGGAGGAGAUAUGAAUUUCCCUCAGUUAGUUUCUUUGGCAGGCUAUCUUGCAUCCCAUGGAGUUCUGUGCCUGCGGUUUACUUGUAAAGGCCUUAACAUUGCUUAUAGGGCUAAAGCAUACAAAACAGUUGUGGAAUACUUAAAGCUUUCUGAUGAUUAUAAACUUUCAGGUGUUUUCCUUGCAGGCCGUUCCAUGGGCUCACGAGCUGCUGCCUCAGUGAUACGUCAGCUUAGCCAGGAUGGUGGUGAUGACUUCAUUCAAGGCUUAGUGUGUUUAUCUUACCCAUUGCAUCGACCAAAACUUCAGUCCAGGCUCCGGGAUGAGGAUUUAUUAUUUAUCAGGUGUCCAGUGUUAUUUGUCUCAGGAUCAGCAGAUGAGAUGUGUGAAAAACAAUUGUUAGAAGAUGUGGCAAGCAAAAUGAAAGCUCCUAAAAAAAUUCAUUGGAUUGAUAAAGCAAACCAUGGGAUGUCAGUCAAAGGACGAACAACAGAUGAUAUCAUGGAAGAAAUAAACACACAGGUUUUUUUUUGGCUCAGAGAAAACAUUGAACUAGAGCACAAAUGAUUAUGUAUUGUUAAGCAAUACCUUAGGUUAACAUUUCCUAAAUAUAGCAGAUUAGAGUUUGUUAUUUCUGAUAGACAGGUUUUUGAAAACAAGUAUUUUCUGAGUGGUUUAAGUAUAAAUAUAACUUUGUAUGAAUGUAAAAUUUGUAAAACAACUGUUUUUAAGGGAAGGACAAAAUGUACCAAAUAUUCAGUAUUGAGGCAGCAUUCUUUUUUGUAUCUCCAUGAAAAUUCUUACGCAUGUAUUAUCUACAUUACCAAAUAAAUGUUUUUUGACUAUUAUUCAGAGUAAAAUCAGGAUCAGAGGGAUCCUGAAAAUCAGGAAAAUCAGAGGGAAAAAAAUCUAUUUUGAAGCCUCUGAAUCUUUAAAUAUGUAUAUUUUUCUGGGUAUAUUACUAAUGCUAUGCUUGUUUUGAAAAGAUUUUUUUUCAAAUUAAGCCUUAUUUUAAAAAGUUGUUUUGCCAUAUCCUUGACCUCAAUCCACUUCAAAAAACUAUGGCAGAAGUAGAGCAAUCUCCCACUCCUACAAUGUCACUACCUUAAAGAGGCAGAUUCUGAGCCUGCAUGUGGUGGAGGAGAGGGAUAGGAGCAUGGUACUGCAAGCAGUUUUGUGCGUCAGGAACAAAAAAUGUUAGUAGAGUCACAGUUUUGAAAAAUUAGCCUGCUACAAUCUGUUAUGUAAAGGUCUCUUCUCGUGGGCUGCUUGGAGACAUGGGUGGAGAAGACUACUAGAUUAAAAUGGAGAAAAAACAAACGAUGUUUUUACUAGUGGAGGAAUUCCUGGAGGAAGAAGCAGUUCUGCCUGUGUGAUAUGUUUCCCAAGGCUUUUGGUAGGAAGACCCAGAGGAGGCAUGUGGGAGUUCAGGCCUCAUGCUCCAUUAGGAGGAGGAAGUCAGGUCUCCAACACUGAACUCUGAAGACUGGAGGUAUACUUUGUUUACAGCUGGAGGCCUCCCCAAUAUGGGAUGUGAAUAACCUCUUUGAUGGUAUAGCCAAGGAAUGUAGCAAUAUGCUCACUGCCUUAAACCAAAAAAAAACCAGAAGGAUGGAGAAUGCCAAGCUGCACUUCUGACUAUAAAUGAAUGUACAAAAGUGGAAGCAUUUUGGAGUUAAUUGCUGAGUUUUCCAUAGCAUACUGCUGGAUUGGGCACCUGCUGUAUCUAAUAAAAACAUCCCAUGCAUCAUUCUGAGGGGUGAGAACAACCUAUCCACUGGGCUUGCAAGU